CACUGUUCAAUUAAUAAGAUGACCCCACCAGGAUGAAUGCUCACCCCCAAAAAGCUCAGAUCAGGGCAUUCCAUAACUCAGGUGGGCCAACCGACCUGACUUUAGAAGUGUGAGGCAUGAUCUUACGUGUUGUGGCCCACCCGAGUAUUGGAUCGCCCUAAUUUUUGGGUGGUGGAGAGAAAAUGACGGGGUUCACAAUGUGGACGGAUUGGAUGUCAUUCACACAUCAUGGUGGGCCCCACAUACCGCGUUAUAAGAUAAGAGCUAAACCUACAAAGCUUUUGUAGUGGAUAUCUGGACUCCAAAAAGCAUAGAUCUCCUUCCUAGAAAGGAAGGAUAGACGACAAAGUAACCAAAAAUAAUAAUAAUAAAAAACAAUCCGAAGGGUUGCAUCUGAUGAUGGUUCUUGUGAUAUUCCUGUCUUACAACAAGUGUUUUCUUGUAGUCUUGGACAUGGGCUAGCCUACUCUCCCAUACAACCACACCCACAAGCCAAAGCCUCCCUUUCUCCCUAACCCCAUUUGACUUGAAUUACAAGACAAUCCAACUCCUGCAUGGAUUCUUCUUCCUUCCACCUCCAUUUAUAACUUCUACCUAUUGCACAAAUGCACAAACACACGCCACAAUCGCCGGUUUCGGUUUAAGUUUUCUUCGAUUUCAGUUUAGAUAUGAAAACGGUUGGUCCCAGUUGUAGCGACAGCCGCAAUGAGAUUGUUUUCUUCGAUGUUGAAACAACAAUGCCCCUCCGAACUGGUCAGCGGCGUUGGAUGUUGGAGUUUGGUGCAAUACUAGUAUGCCCACGGAAGCUCGUCGAGCUUGAGAGCUAUUGCACCCUCAUAAGGCCCAGGGACUUGUCAUGUGUCCCACCCAGGUCGGGGCGAUUGGACGGGAUCACGCGUAGUGUUGUUGCGGCUGCUCCAACAUUUGAAGAUGUGGCAGACCGGAUAUUCGACAUGUUAAAUGGGAGAAUAUGGGCUGGACAUAACAUUCUGAGGUUUGAUUCUGCUCGGAUUCGGGAGGCGUUUGCCGACGUUGGGCGGCCAUCUCCAAAGCCCAUCGGCAUGAUUGAUUCAUUGGAUGUUCUCUCUCACAAGUUUGGUAGGAGAGCUGGAAAUCUUAAGAUGUCGACCUUGGCCGCCUACUUCGAGCUUGGGCAACAGAAGCACAGGAGCCUCGACGAUGUUCGGAUGAACCUCGAAGUCGUCAAGCAUUGUGCCACCAUAUUGUUCUUGGAAUCGAGCCUACCACAUGUAUUGAGUGGUGAAGGUGUGGGGUCCAUGGGCAUGACCACCAGAAGUCAGACAAGGAGGAGAUUAUCUGUGGAAGAAAUGAAUAGAAAAUCUCCUCCCUCUUCUCCUCAGCAUCAAAGACCUCUUCCUUACUCUAAAGGCCAUUUAGGAAAGGGCCCAUGAGAAACAGCCACUCAACAACUUGCUCAAGCGAUCGUUUUCGUUGAUCAGAUGAUGAGAUGCGGAGGCAGCAGUGGAAUCUGAAGAAAUCAAGGAUUUGGAUAGGCCUCCCAAGAUCAUAUCCGUUGGAAUGUUGUUUUCACUACUUACUGCCGAUGAAAUCAUGAUUUGAUUCUUUUCAUGUGGGCCACAAAAUGGGCCCCAUGCUUCUAACAUCCCAUUCAUGUACACCCUUCAAUUAAAUUGAUAGAAAUGAAGUCUUCAAGUUCUCAA